CAAUUCAGUUUGAUCCUUACUCGCAAAACGGUUCAGAAUGAACAAAUUCGCUGCUAUCCUCGCCAUCACCUUGGCCUCGCUGGCCGCCGUUUCGGCCCAGUGUCCGCGUAUCAUUACCCGUGCCGGAUGGGGUGCUCGUGCUGCCAACACUGCUCAGCUGCCGAUCCGCCCAGCCCCAUGGGUCGUGAUGCACCACACCGCUGGAGCUCACUGCACCACCGAUGCCGCUUGCGCUCAGCAGAUGCGUAACAUCCAGGGCUGGCACAUGGACGGCAAUGGAUGGGCUGAUAUCGGAUACAACUGGUGCGUCGGAGAGAACGGUGCUGCCUACGAAGGUCGUGGCUGGGGACGCCAGGGUGCCCACGCUCCAGGAUUCAACGAUCGCUCGGUCGGUUUGUGCGUCAUGGGAACCUUCACCAACGCCAUCCCUAACUUGGCCGCUCGUAAUGCCGCUCAGCAGCUGAUCUCCUGCGGUGUCUCCCUGGGACACAUCAGCGGCUCGUACUGGCUGAUUGGACAUCGUCAGGCCUCUGCCACCGCCUGCCCUGGAAACGCUUUCUUCGAGCACAUUCGCACCUGGCCUCGUUUCAACCCAAAUCCUUAAGCAUGUGAAUUUAGUUAUUUAAAUAAAAGAAUGUCAAAUGUAA